AUGGCCUCUGGCCUCAUUUUUGACCGUACACUCCUACGCACUGCCCCACUUAUUACCUCAACCUGCACGCUCUGGUACUCUUUCGACCAGGACUUUUUCCUAAAUAUCUUCCUCCACUCCGACCACCGCACCCGCAGCAAUGUAUAUUUACCAUCUUAUUUCCGUGUCUUCUUCGUGCCUGGUACUUUGCGCGUUUUGGGCCUUCUCGCGCUUACCUUGACGGGGGGCGGAUAUAAUAUCUUGACAGGCCGGUCUGGACUAGGUAGCUUGGCAUUCGUGCCUUGGUAUGCUGCUGGUACGGUGCUUGCUGCGAGUCACCUUCUCUUUGUACCUGCCGUUGCACCUAAGAUCCAGGCAGUGAUUGAGGAUACUUCGCAAGGCUCGUCGACAGAGGACCUUAAGGGCUGGCUGAAUAUUCAUCGAUUACGCACGUGGACAGUUGAUCUGGCAUCGUGGGCCUGUUUUGCGGUUGCAGUUUCAAUUGUUGAGUGA